UUCGUGCGAAAGUUGAAACCAAUAAGCGAUGAUGGGGUUUUACCUGGAUGAGGAAGAGGUCUGGAAGUGUCCCAGGCAUCCAUCGAAACGACGCCGUACAGGAAUUUGCUCUCUGCCCUGACUGCGCCCACGUCCGGCCUUGUUCCUGCUCCGCCGCCGCUACCUCCUCCUCUCCCUCCUUCUCCGCCUCUGCUUCCGUUUCUCGAUCCUCCCUCGCAGGUGACGUCGCCGGAAGACUGAAAAGAUCACGGUCCGUUGCGAUUCCGUUUCUCCGUUCGAGGUCGAGGUUCCCCGCGGGCGACGGAGAGUUGGAUUGUGACGGCGCCACGGUGAAAGAUGUUCCCAGUCUGACCAGAAGCAGGUCAACGAGGUGGUUUUGGUCGAUGUUCAAGCCACCGAAGAGCAAUCGGAAUGGAGUGCCAGAGCAGAAUUGUCAGAGUGUCGUGGGGGAAGAUGAUGAGAAGAGUGUGGACGGAAAAAUGGCAACACUGAUGAAGUCGAGGUCGGUGGCAGUUUCCGGCGGCGUUGGAGAAAUCAGAGGAGCGAGGAAGAGAAGGGGAUGGAACUUUCCGAGUCCAAUGAAGGCUUUCAGGCAAUCCAAUUGGAGCUCCAAAAUCCUUCAGGAAGCUGUGGCUUGUGCAUAGAGGCGAAAAUCUGUAGAUAAAAAUAAAAUGCUUGUUAAAGUGAUUUCAA